UAGCCAGCUGUCAGCGAUGGAAUAAUGCAUACAGUAGCUAACGUUCUUCAGUGCUAAUUAACGAGGUUGUCAGGAGUGGUUUACACGUGAGACGGGUGAAAAAUGGGAGGAAUAAAUCGGAAUUUUGUCCUUGUGCAGACCUUAUACCGUGGAAAUUCAAUGUGGACAUAUAAUCUGAUAGGGCUGGCGUACACGUAGACCUAGCGACUCCGGGACUGAGUCACAUCUUUUUUUGUAUCGGUAAGAAGUAGCUAGCUGGCUAUUGUUAUGAUUAAACGUAACGUUUUAACGCGUAAUUCGACUAGCUUGCUUGGCUCGUCUCUAACUCCUAACCGGAGAAAGCAGUCCUUUUCCUGUUCAACUUCAUGGACAGCUAAAAUAGAGCAGGUGUUCUGCACGGAGAUCUUAUGUCAGAAUUGCAGUCGGUGUGAAACGCAGAUGUUAGGCACUUGAUAGCAGGUUGUAAAAAAAAAACAUGACCUUCACUUGCUAAAUAGAUACCUCUUGAAAACUGUGCAAGGGUUAAAGUAAUUUUAUGCAGAAUAUGUUUUUUUUCAUCAUAAGGCUAAAUUAUCGUGGCGGUUUCCUCGACUGGAUCAUCGUUGGAGUUAAACCUCGCUAUUUGGUUAGGUUUCUCAUGGUAGGUAGGGGUAGGGCGCAUUGUCUUCCGGACACGGUGCAUUUUGAAAAAUGUAUGUGUUGGCAACUAACGUUUAUAUUAUCUUGUGACACUGUCUUUAUUAACGUUGCAUUAAGCAAUUAGCUAGAGAAAAGAUAAUUCAAUUGGCUGCUUCUGAAUGAGUCGGACAAACAGCUGUCACCUUUUCCGUUUUCCACCUUAUUCCUGCUAGUUACUUCUUCGCUUGUGGACACGGUGCUGCUCUAUAGUUAAUUUGAACAAACGUAACACACAUUAUUCGCAAGUAUUGCUUUAAAUGGGCACGGGGCUAUUCCUGUAAUCAUUAAUGUAAUUUGAUGUGUUGUUGUUAAAAAAACACGCGGAGUCCAGUAAUGUCUUUCACUACCUAGGUAUACCGAGAUGUAGCAAACUUCAACUGCCUUUUUAAAAAGACCUGAAAGACAGCGGCAUAGAAAAUGGACAGUUACGGGUUCUCCGGAGAUAUGUUCAGUGGCCGGGCGGUGCUGGGCGACGACAGCUCGGUCAUGGCCCGAAUGCAGAAGAAAUUCUGGAAGACCAAACAGGUUCUGAUUAAAGCGACGGGCAAGAAGGAGGACGAGUAUGUGGUGGCGUCUGACGCGGACCUGGAUGCUAAGCUUGAGUUUUUCCGAUCAGUGCAGGCCACGUGCACCGAGCUGCUGAAAGUGGUGGAGAAGUACCAGGAGCGAAUCACGCAUCUGUCCCAGGAGGAGAAUGAGCUCGGGCUCUUCCUGCGCUUCCAGGCGGAGCACGACAAGACCAAGGCGGGAAACAUGAUGGACGCCACCAGCAAGGCCCUGUGCACCUCCGCCAAGCAGAGACUGGCGCUCUGCGCCCCCCUGCAGCGCCUGGAGCAGGAGAUGGAGACGUUUCGGCGGCGGGCCAUCACGGACACCCUGCUGACGGUGGGGCGCAUGGAGAAGUCUCGCACAGAGUACCGGGGCGCCCUGCUCUGGAUGAAGGACGUGUCCCAGGAGCUGGACCCCGACACGUACAAGCAGCUGGAGAAGUUCCGCAAGGUACAGGCCCAGGUGCGGAACACUAAGGGCCAGUUUGAGAAGCUGAAGAACGACGUGUGCCAGAAGGUGGACAUGCUGGGGGCCAGCCGCUGCAACAUGCUGUCCCACUCGCUCACCACGUAUCAGACCACCCUCCUGCACUUCUGGGAGAAGACCGCUCACAUGAUGUCCGGCAUCCACGUGGCCUUCCAGGGCUACGUGCCAUACCAGUUCACCACACUCAAGGAGCUGCGGGACCCCCUGGAGCAGCUGGCCGAGGGGAGGGCUCAGGAGAAGAGCCAGGAGAGCGCCGCUAAGACCCGCUCCGACAAGUUGAUAUCCCUGGACGAAGACAAACCUGGCAACUCGGUCUCAGAUGCUGGCUCCGCCCUCGGAGCGGAGGUGCAGAGCCGGGACAGCGACGGCUCCCUGUGCGCCAGUCUGGACUCCGCCCUGUGUGAGCUGACUGGCUCCCUCAGUGCCCUCGACACAGACGACGACCUCCUGCUCCCUGACCCUCCAGGGGUUCAAUCCCAUCAGCCACCUCUGCCUAACGCCCUCCCUGAGCCUGAGCCCACAGCACCCCCUGCUGGCCUCAUGUGGUUCAACAGCACCCCACCACCAGAGGAGCCCACACCCAUAGAGUCCCCUGGGCUGGUGGCCACAGACCUGCUGCUGGAUCCUCCUCAGCAGAAGCAGCGGGAGGAGGAUGAGGAUGGAGAGAUGAUGAUGACGAAGGGGGACCUGUCCUUCCUGCAGGACAUCCUGAGCCCGGGCCCCUCGGGGAGCAACGAGUUCAGCCGCGAGUGGCAGGACGCUUUCGGCUGCUUCGAGCCCCCGGUGGCCCCGCCCCCCGCCGCGGCCGCCGGCGCCCCUGCCCUCUCCCCCUCUCACCCCACCGGCUCCUCCGGCUUCCUGCCCUCCCAGCUGCUGGACCAGAGCCUCAGCUCCACAGGUUGGGCAACCCCGCCCAUGUUUCAGGCUCCGCCCCUGCAAGGCCCACAGGCUCCUGACCAGGCUCCACCCACUCAGGGUGCUCCCAAGACUACAGCCAAUGCCCCCUCUGGACCCGCGCGGGACAUGUCCGCCUGGUUCAACCUCUUCGCCGACCUGGACCCCCUCUCCAACCCCGACGCCAUCGGCCGCUCCGACGACGAGCUGCUCAACGCCUGAGGGGGGCGCUGUGGGGCAGGCCUGUGGAAGAGCAGCGUCUGUCCCUGUUGGUGUUUGUUUUUUUCACUCUCUCUCUCUCUCUCUCUCUUGCUCUCUCUUUCUCUCUCGUGCUCUCUCAUUCUCUCUCUCUCUCUAUCGCUCUCGCUCUCUCUUUCUCUCUUGUGCUCUCUCUCUCUCUGUCUCUCUCCCUCUCUCUCUCUCUCUCUCGUUCUCACUCUCUCCACACUGAGUUCUGGUUGGCCAGGUUUAAGGGAGCAAUGCAGGGCAGACCAGGGCAAAUAUUCUCUUCGGCCACGGAAAUGUAUUAAUAUUCCGGAACACUCUAUUAUAACUCUGUAACGAUUGUGCGACAUUAUUAUUAUUAUUAUUAUUAUUAUUAUUAUUAUUAGCAGUAUACUUGGGCGUAAACUUGCAGAUUGCUUUUUUUUUUUUUGUAGCUACGUCAUCGCUUCUGCAGUCAGGUCACCAGGAGGUAAAAAAAAAUCACAUUAUUAGUUUUUUUCCUGGUGUUUUGUCUUCUAAGAAUGUGCACUAGAACUUUUUUUAGAACUUUAGAUUUCUUUUUGGGGGGAAAACGGGUUAGCUGAACAUUGUCUCACUUUUUCGAUCCUGCAAACUGAUGCAAUUAAACGAACGGCACAACAAUCGAUCAGGCAGAGGACGAAUGAUGGAGCGAUUUAAUGGGUGCGUGCGUAUCAGAAUCUUUUCCCAAAGAGUAUAUUUUACCAUGGACUGACUAUCCCAAUGCUGACUAGGACUAUCAAUGUCACAUUCAUUCAGGCUGAGAAUUCGGAAUCCUGGGUGUCACAGUGUUCUGGAAUGUUCUGGAUCGUGUGAUUUUUCCACUCUCUGCAUGUGCCGGGUUUUGAGUUUUGAACUGAAAAUAUAACAUUCAUACAUGCUGUAUUUAUUCGUUGUUUUUUUUUUGCGUGUGUAGGUAAUAGGAGGAGAGGGUUCAAAUAUGCAAAGUAAAUAUUGGUGUUUGAUUUUGGGUUUUUCGUAAAUGAUAUUAAACCGAUUCCCACUCCUGUGAAUUUAAUCAUCAUAUGAUUAGAAAAGUGUUUUGAGUGGCAGAGGAACAGGGGGCUUCUUCUUUUUCUUUUUUGCAGCAUAUGCUCUGUUCUGGAGAUAUUUGGUUGUGGAAUUGAAACUGACAAACAUUUUUUAUUAUGCACUAUUGUGGACAAUAUGUAACCUUGGUAAAAGAAGUAAUACGUCUCUAUAUAGUGUUUAAAGCAGGGGUGUCAAACUGCCAUGGUGUCAACUGGUUUUUCAUGCGUUUUAGCACAAGUGAUUAAUUUAAGUCACUGAUUGGCUUAAGAGUCCAUGCCCCUUGUCUCAAGGCCUUCAUUGGCUGCUGAUUGAAAGGAAACCACCAAUAACAGAAGACGACACUGUGGCCCUCCCGUGGAGUUUGACACCCCUGAUUUAAAGUAUUGUUAGGUAUGUCCUGAUAUUUAUGUACAACUGACACUCCAAGAAGCACCAAAACUGGUGUCUGGUGUUUGUAACAAAUCCAGAGACUGAACACCUUACCAGCUGUACUACCUUUUAAUUUACAUUGAUCCUUAAACCAUGCUCCCACUGCCCCCCCCCCCCCACCCCGUACCCCCCACCCCCAAUGCCCAACUCUCUAAAAUGGGCAAAUGUGAUUUUGUGAAUGGAAGUGCACAAUAUGGAAUGGAAUUUUUUUUUCACCUUUUUUUUAAAAUCAUUGUGGGACCAAGUUGUUUACUAGAACCCAUAGGAAACGGUGUCAGUGUGCAGCAGGGUGCUGUUGAAGGGAAGCGGCUUCCCCAUCAGCACUCUGAACUGAUGUCAGUCAUAAGGAGAGCAGGGGUAACCCCUCCACGGUCACCACAGGGUUGUUUUAUUUUUCGUUUUGUUUUUUUGGUUUUUGUUUUUAACUUUGAGCUGCUCAGAAAAUGAGGGGGUGUUGCUUGAGUGCUGAUAACCUGCCUGUCCAUGUUUUGGUCAAAGCACAAUUUCCUCAUUUUCAUACAAAAAAAAAAAAGUAAAAAAAAAAAAAACACUACUUGAGCAUGCUCAGGACACCCCCCUCCCCAUACUAACAUUUUGCUGUGACAUUUUUGAAACACAAAUAUGCUUUUCCUUGUAACAGGAGUUUUUAAUAUUAAUGUCGAUGUGGUUGUGAGGGUAAGAAUAUGUAAAUAUAUUAACAGUACAGAUUUCCUUUAGGUAGUCAAAGGGAACCCUGCACAUUUGUGUCAGCUGGAACUGGAUCGGUUUGCAAUCUGCAAUAUUUAAUUAACAAAUGGGUCCGAUCGUGAUUGGAUUUGGCCCUGGAGUAGAUAUUAUACCGAAAAGAAUGUAUUUCAGUCACACCAUGCUUUAAAUGUUUUACACCUAUGCCUUUUAUUUCAAUAUUGAAUGUCAUGGUUGUGUUUGCUCAAUUUCUGAACUUUGCUAAGCAGGAAGUUGAAAUUAUGAAUACUCCAUUUGCAAAAAAAAAAAAAUUGCUUUGGUAAUAGUUGUGAACUUCUGAAAUAAACUUACAAACUUUUAAUCAA